AUGGCUCGCGUUGCCUAUGUGCAGUUGGAUGAGGAAUAUGGCAGCAUGGUGAAGCCAAUUUCGAAAUGGGGAUUGCUGAAAGAGUACGCAAUAUGCGCCUUCUGCCUCUACGAUUUCAUAUCAGACAUCUGGGCUUCAACAGCCAACUGCCAUACAAAUCAUUCAAAGUUACACAUGUUGGGCUACAUUGGUGCUGCUCUUCUACUUGGCUCAUGCUUCGUGAAUGUGAUCAUCAUUUGCCGGACGACUGGGCGGGAGCAUCGAGAUCUUUUCAGGCGCUUGCGCAAAAAGGCACCCUUGCAAUGGCAGCUGUGCCGCAUCUUGGCCUGCAGCAAUCCGGAGAUCAUGUGUGGGUUCCUGCGCACGCAGGAAGAUGCCACGCGCCCCGAAGAGGCACAUGAAAUUCAAGUGGUCGUAAGAAAGUUCAAGGAACUGGGUUUGGUCGCACAGUGCUGCGAAGAUGCCCCUCAAGCUGCUGUGCAGGCCUACUCUGUUUAUGUUUGCUUGAUCAACAGCUGGCCUGUAGCGUGGCCCGUUGCGAUGUCCCUUGGCGUAACUCUGUCGAUGGUCAUCUUCAAGAUGCUGAUGAACUGCCUGGUCAUUGCAAUUGGCACCGCUGUGAGCGACGCUGCCUUGCAGAUAGCGGCGCAACGUCAACGCCGUUGCGUUGAAACGUUCCCGAGCGCAAACAAUGCCCUGAUGUUCCUGAUGCAGGCUGCAGCCACAGGGUGCAACCUUGUGUUCCUUCAGCGCGCUGGACCAAUCCCGAUUGGUGGGGUGGACGUGCAAACUAUCGCUUACAUUGUUCUUGCGCUCUCCUCCCUCAUAUGCGUGACAUCUGCCAUAGCACUGGUGAGAACAUUGCGGAACCGGCUGUGGCACCUGUUGCUGAGGCUUGAUGUGGCUGUCGUCUGCGUGGUCUUCGCAAGCAUUCAUCCAGUGACACUCCUGCAACUUGACAGCGGCAUACCCGCAUUGGGUGGUUGUUGGUGGACACUGAUGCUUGCUGGUCCAUGUCUUCGAUCCACGCUCAUGGCAGUCCUUGCUGGCUGGGCCGUUUGGAAGACAACUUUCCCGGUGCCAGAGCGUUACUGCCUUGCCCUUCUGGUGCUGAAUGGGUGUGUGCUGGUGCAGUUCAUCUUCUUUGUGCUGGACUCCUAUGACGAUGAGCCAGGAGCAGGCGCAGUCACGACGGCCAUUCCCACCCUCACAGAUUUGGAGGGUGCAGACGAUGAGUUAAAGCAAGAGGCCCGCCAAACUGGACAACGAGUGCAGGAAUUGGCAGACCUCCUUGCCACAGGUGGUUUGGACAGGCACCUCGAGUGUCUCGUGCAGGAAGGCUACGAGACUGUGGAUCAAGUCAGGGAGCUGACUGAUGAAGAUUUGGCAGACUUAGGCCUCAACCCCAGCGACCGAGCGGUUUUGGCACAGCUUGCCAGAGGAGCAUCUGCGUUUCCACAUGACGAAGCUUGGAAGAGGGAGCUGAGGGAUCUUGACGUUCCAACACACGUCUUCAAUGGAUGCACAGAGGGCGAGGUGCUUCGUGGGCAGAACAUGACUGACCGGUUGCAGAAGCACCGGCACAAGCAGGCGUUCAAAAGAUGGCGGCAGAACCGUUUGCAGGGUGAGAUUCUUACCGAGGAGACUGUGAAGCUGGGCAUGCUUGUAAGUCGUGGACCAGCUUGGUGCUAUGAUCAAUCCGACGACGAUCCGUACGCAGAAGAAGAUGCAGGAGGUCAAGGUUCAGUUGUGGGAUGGCGCACCGCCCAGGGCAGAACGGAAGGCAAUCCCCCAUCGCAGCCUGGAUGGGUGCGCGUCGAGUGGCAGGUGUCUGGCUAUAGCAAGAAUUACCGAUUUGGUACUGCGGCUGGCCAGAGGGCUGACUUGGUCAUCGGUCACGAUGACAGACGGGCCGUGGCCGGGGAGCUGCAGCCAGACCAAUUGCGAUGCACUUUCAGCUAUCUCUGCGGGACACAACAUGCGCAUUGUGCAAAGUUUGACAUUCGGGAUGAAACAUGCUUGAAGGUCGCCCCGAUCAAGCAUGGCGAUGUUGUCAGGACACCCAAAGGCCAAUCCAGCACAUGCAUUGGAUUGAAGUACGAUCCCGGUGAAAAGAAAAUUCAGAUGUGGUUCCAUGUUGAAGGAAAAGAGGGUUGCGGUGUUUACGAAGAUGAAGAGCUGGCCACGCUGAAGGUAGUUGGCCACAGGGAUGUUCAACAGGUGCGGCCUGAGGAUGAUGAUGUCGGGGCAGCGUCUGAUGGGGAGAUCGAGCAUGAUGACCGCGAGUGGGUUGGCAAAAACCUCCGCCCUACCUUGCAGUACCUGUCGAAAACCGGCAAGCCGAUCAAGCUUGAUGUUGGGGAUGCUGUGAUCGCUAAGUUCAAGUUGCCCUACAAGUCAGGCGAUGUGCUGAAGGACAGGGUCGAUGGUGAAACAAUGACCUGCCUUGGUGUUGGGAAGGAUCCCAUGGCAGCUUUUGCUCGAGAAAGCCUGUUCCAGACGUCACACAGGCGCAUACCUGGGGCUAUAGCUGAACUGUGGUUUCACGUCGAAGGUGCUCCGGGGGCUGGGGUGAACCCAAGUCUCCACAAGCACCUUCGCCGGUUCGACAAAGUGGGCACCCGCCCUGUCGAACCUCAACAGGAUGAAUUUGGUCCUGCCCUUGCCGAUCUCGAUAAUUUGGACUUGGGCGACUUGCAAUGUGACUUUGAGUUUCCCAAAGGCUUAGUUCGAGCGUCGAAAGCCAGAUUCGACGUGAGGCCGGAGUUUGUCUCGAAGUACACCGGAUUCAUCCCUGGUACCGUGUUGCAGACGCCAUUGAAAGCCGAUGCCAGGGUCACAUUGAUCGGCAUCAUGCCUGAUGAUGGCACGCCCAAGGUGUGGUGGCACUACGAAGAUUCAUCGCAACGGCAUCCCGGGGCAGGUUUGAUGGAAGGUUGGGAGGUCAUGCGGAAAGAUUUCGUGGACACGGGCGAGCGUCAAGACCUCAAGGAGCUGCGGGACAAGUUGCAGGCGCAGAAUGGUCUUGGUGAACUGAAGCAGCUUCUCCAAGCACUGGGAAAGUGA